GAGUAAAAAAGAAAUAGCCAAAAAAGAAGUGGUUUUUUCUUUUAUUUAUUUAUUUCAGUUACAUUGAUUCUUCCAUCUCUUUCGGCUCUACAAACUCUGCUGCCAAGAAAACGAUCUAAAAUUGGCUAAAACACUUGAACCUUGUAAGGUCCUAUUCGCUUGCUGCUUCUUUUCUCGCAUAUUUAAAACAAAUUUCUUUCGUCUAAUUCUAAGUAUCUCUAUCCAUAUAAUUGUCUGCAAUUUGCUGGACUUAAUACUUCGCCGUAUCGAAAGGUUUACAGCAAGAAUAUCAAAGGAGUCUCUAAUCUCUGGCAAUUGAGAGACAAAUCUUGAAAAACUACUGCUAAGAACAAGAAUGGAGAUUGCUUACCAGCCUUAUAUCGAUCCCGAGUUCGAAUCUCUAAUCGAAAGAAUUUACCCUCCUAGGGUUUGUAUUGAUAAUGACUCUUGCCAAGACUGCACGCUUGUUAAGGUUGAUAGUGCAAACAAGCACGGGAUUCUAUUAGAAAUGGUCCAAGUAUUGACAGAUCUUGAUCUUGUUAUUUCCAAAUCAUACAUUUCCUCUGAUGGGGGAUGGUUCAUGGACGUGUUCCACGUGACUGACCAGCUUGGGAACAAAAUUACGGACGAAAGCCUCAUACUUUAUAUUCAACAGGAACUAUGUGCAAAUAGGAAAGGAGGGAUAUCACAGGAGCUCCAAAAUUGUCUAAAAAGAGAAGUCAGGCCACGACACGUGUCAACAGAACACACAGCGAUAGAGAUGACGGGGACCGACAGACCAGGUCUGUUAUCUGAAAUUUCAGCCGUACUUGCUGAGCUGGAAUGCCAAGUCACUGCUGCAGUGGUGUGGACCCACAACGCCCGAGCAGCAUGUAUAAUCUACUUGGAAGACAGGUUGAGAGGUGGGCCCAUUACCGAUCCAAAUAGGCUAGGUCAUAUAGAAGAGCAAUUGGAAAACGUAGUUGAUGCACAUCAUGGGGUAGGGGAAAGAAGAAGCUUAAGGUUAAUAACACCGGUGGCCGGACAAACCCACACCGAGCGGCGGCUCCAUCAGUUGAUGUAUUCAAAUAUAGAUUAUGCGCCGUGUUGCAGCUGCACGGAUACCGGUGUUGGGCACCGGAGGAAUUGUACUAAAAUUCAUGUUUCGAUAGAGUCCUGCAAAGAGAAAGGGUAUUCAGUAGUGAAUAUGAGGAGCAGAGACCGGCCUAAGCUUUUAUUUGAUACGUUAUGCGUAUUAACUGAUAUGCAAUAUGUAGUAUUCCACGCUGCAGUUAGCUCCAUGGGCACUAUGGCUGAUCAGGAGUACUUUAUACGACAUAAAGAUGGCUUUACUUUGGAUACAGAAGGUGAAAGGCAUAAACUGACUCAAUGUUUGAUUGCUGCGAUUGAAAGAAGAGUAUCCCAUGGAUUGAGACUAGACCUCUGCACACACAACAGAAUCGGAUUACUUUCAGACAUGACACGGGCAUUUCGCGAAAAUGGUUUAUCGAUAUCAAGGGCUGAGAUGGGAACACAAGGUGAGACAGCAGUAGGAUCAUUCUAUGUAACUGAUGCUUCAGGAGAUGAAAUUAAUCCGCUGACAAUAGAAGUAGUGAGGAAAGAAAUAGGGGGAUCUGUCUUGGUAGUUAAUAAAUCACCAGACUGGACUCCUAGAUCGCCGUCGACAGCUAGUAUGAGCAGAACCAGCAGUGGCAGUAUAGGUGACGAUAAGCCAAGAUUCUCAUUAGGAAGCCUAUUAUGGUCUCAGCUUGAGCGACUGUCUGGAAAUUUCGGCUCCAUAAGAUCAUAAGGAGGUCUCAAUCUGUAGUCGAGGCAUUUUGUAAAUAAGGUUGUAUAUCAGCAUAUCAGUAGUUUCUCUUCCUAAGCUAGUUCUCUGUAGUGUCGUUGUAAUAAUGUGUCUAAUCAGUGUCGUAUGUUGUCAAUAUAUUCUUCAAUCCUCACAUUGAAUAGAAUUUACAG